GAAGUGUCAAAAAAUAAGUUGUCAUUUGUUCGUUUGAGGUUGAGGUUGUGUUUGAUUGUGUACAAAAUUAACUCAAAGAUUUCGAGCAUUUUGUAACAGAAAAGAAAUAUUAUUUUACUUACUAAAUAAAACCAUAAAAAAGAAUGUCGAACAUGCAGAAUAUUGCUUUUAUAUGCUUUGUUCUAUCAACGGUUACAAUACAAACAGUUAACUCUAUAAACUGUUACCAGUGUUCAGGGACAGAUUCUGACAAUCCCUUUGACUGUAAUGAAUUCUUAGAGGGGGAUACUGAUCUAGACCCGACAGACUGUGCCACUAUACAUAACGCUCAGUAUUGUAUUAAACAUGUAGGGAGAUAUGAAGGUGGUAUCAGUACAAAGAGAUUCUGUUCAUCUUUAGACUUGGGUAACUACUGCAAUUAUGUACAGCAAGUGGGCGAUAAAUUGGAAUACCGGACAUGUAUCUACACUUGUGGCUCCGAUGGGUGCAAUGGAGCCAGUAGUAUGGCCACGCCUGUGAUAGUCAUAAGUAUGGCCUUAUAUCUUUGCAAAUUUUUGGCCAUGUGAAUAUUAUUUGCUCUGAAUAUUCCAAAGUAUCAAGAAUGAAUUUUAAUUUUACUAAAUGUAAUAUCAGAUUUAUUUUAGAAGUAUGUACAUAGUUGAAGCGAUUUAUGUAGA